GAUGGUUGAUGCAAAAUUACAUGGAUUGUUAAACCUUCUGAUCUGCAUUCUGAUCAGCCUGAAAGCAGAUGGAUUCAAUGUUGGAAUAACUUAUGUUGAAAAUGCUGUAGCAAAAGGAGCAGUGUGCUUGGAUGGGAGCCCGCCAGCGUAUCACUUUGAUAAAGGAUUUGGUGCAGGGAUUAACAAUUGGCUGGUUCAUUUUGAGGGUGGAGGGUGGUGCAACAAUGUCACAACAUGCCUUGCACGGAAGGAUACCCGUUUAGGUUCAUCUAAGCAAAUGGUGAAGCAAGUUGUUUUCUCUGGCAUUCUGAGCAACAAACAAAAAUUUAACCCAGACUUCUAUAAUUGGAACAGAAUCAAGGUUCGGUACUGUGAUGGAUCAUCAUUUACUGGAAAUGUGGAGGCUGUAAAUCCUGCAACCAAUCUUCACUUCAGAGGUGCAAGGGUUUUUGUUGCUGUUAUUGAAGAUCUAUUAGCUAAAGGGAUGAAAAAUGCUGGAAAUGCUCUUCUUUCUGGCUGUUCAGCUGGUGGGUUGACCUCCAUUCUCCAUUGUGAUAGAUUCCAUUCACUCCUACCUACUAGUACCAAAGUAAAAUGCCUUUCGGAUGCUGGUUUUUUUAUAAAUGUGAAAGAUGUCUCUGGAGCACAACAUAUACAAGGCUUCUAUGAUGAAGUGGUUACAACUCAUGGGUCAGCAAUGAAUUUGCCUGUGUCUUGUACUUCAAGACUCAAACCAAGUAUGUGUUUCUUCCCACAAUACAUGGCACAACAGAUCCAGACACCAUUAUUUUUAUUAAAUGCUGCCUAUGAUUCAUGGCAGAUAAAGAACAUUUUGGCCCCAGGUGUUGCCGAUCCCCAUGGAACAUGGCACAGCUGCAAGCUUGAUAUAGAGAAGUGUUCAUCCAGUCAACUCGAAACCAUGCAGGGUUUCAGAGUAGAUUUUUUAAGGGCAUUGUCUGGUUUGGGGAGCUCCUCGUCAAGAGGCAUGUUCAUUAACUCUUGUUAUGCUCACUGCCAAUCUGAAGUUCAGGAGACAUGGUUAAGGGCCGAUUCUCCUGUACUCGAUAAGACGUAUGUUUUGCAGUCAAUUGCAAAGGCAGUUGGAGAAUGGUAUUAUGACCGGAGUCCCUUCCAGAAGAUCGAUUGUCCUUACCCAUGUGAUUCAUCAUGCCACAACCGAAUCUUUGAUCCAAAAGAACAUCCGGGAGUAUAGUCCAUUGUUGUGUUGUGUAGUUGGAAAAUUAUUUAGUUUUACUAAGUCAUAGCUAUAAGUGUGCCAAGCCUAAAUAAGAAGUGCUUUAUGAUUAAUUAAGUCAGCAGAAUAAGCAAAGAUCAUCUAAGCACUAAACUCGAGUGCUGGGUGGCUUAAUUUAUUGUAUCAUGUAUUUGAUUGUUAUUUUUAGAAUUAAAAUAAAUAUUUAUUUCUGUCA